AUGGACGAGAAAGAGACGUACCACCAAGCUGCUGAGAAUGCCGAUCUCGAGAGGGAUUCCGAGAAUCUCCACGGUCGGGAUAGUGACAAUCCUCGUGAGAGAGCUUUGGUCUGGAAGCAAGAUCUACGGAUCCUUCCACUAUGCGCCGCGAUCUACCUUCUCUGCUAUUUAGAUCGAUCCAACAUUGGAAAUGCCAAAAUUCUCAAUGAGGAUACGGGCAAUGAUCUCCUCACGGAGACAGGCAUGACUUCGUACCAAUACACUAUAGCUCUCAUGGUGUUUCUGAUCGCAUACGCACUCUUCGAAGUUCCCUCAAACUACUUCCUGAAGAAACUGAGACCAAGUAAAUGGAUUGCUUUCUUGAUGCUCGGCUGGGGGGCAUCCACCAUGGGCUUGGGUGGCGCACACAAUUACGCGCAGGUGACUGGUAUUCGUUUCUUACUGGGAGUUAUGGAAGCGGGUCUCUUCCCCGGACUGCUACCUGGCGGGAGCUUCGGCGGAGCAAUUGCCUACGGUGUCGGACACAUGAAUCAAGCUCACGGUCUAUCUGCAUGGCGAUGGCUAUUUAUCAUCGAAGGGGCCCCUUCCUGUGCCUCUGCCUUCUUGGUCUGGUUCUUUCUUCCCGAUUACCCCGAGACGGCAUCGUGGCUCAGUGCAGAGGAAAAGGAGCUCGCGAUGCAGCGGCUGCAGAAUGAAGGCUCAAAGGGGGCUGCGCACGCCAUGGCAUGGGCAGAUGCUAAGGAGGUCCUCACAGAUUGGCGGUUAUACGCUCAUUACGUGAUCUAUUUUGGCAUUUCCACCCCCUUUUCCAGCCUCUCGCUCUUUACACCCGCAAUUACGAGUGGGCUCGGGUAUACCAGUUUGCGCGCUCAGCUCAUGACAGUACCGCCAUGGGCGGUAGCAUACGUAGUCACCACAGCGGCGGCCUGGUCCGCGGAUCAUUUCAAUAGCCGCGGCCUUCAUUCAGCGGCAUUCUCCUUCAUCGGGGCAAUGGGGUUCCUCGCAUCUGCCGUUCUCCCACCAGACGCAUAUCUCCACCGCUACGGCUGUCUGAUAGUAGCCACCAGCGGCGCCUUCGCCUGUAUUCCCCCUCUUCUCGGCUGGCUCUCCUCCAACCUCCGCUCAACAGCCGGAACCGGCCUUGCGAUCGCCCUGAACGUGUCGGUCGGAGCUCCGGGGCAGAUUGUGGGCGUGUGGAUUUAUAAAGCCAAUGAAGCGAAGAGGGGUUAUCCAACCGGCCACUGGACCAACGCGGCGCUGCUUCUGUUUGUCUGUGUAGGUUGUCUCUUGUUGCGAAUAUAUUAUGGAUGGAGGAAUAAACGGAGAGGAACGGGAGAUAAAUUUGCAUAUUAG